AAUAAGAAGGGGCCAAAGUCCCAAAUCCCCUACAAGAGCUCACCCUAUUGGCCUAACUUCCUUUCACUAGGCCACAACUCUUUAAAGUUUCCACCACCUCCCAAAAGCAUCUUGGGCUGGGAACCAAGUCUUUAACACCUGGGCCUUUGGGGGGUCGCUCAAGAUCCCAAGAUAUAGCAGCUACAUUCAUAAUUCUUUCUGUUGGGUGUGUUUUUGUCACUGGAUGAAUAUUCAUUAAAUAAAAGACCUGGCACCUUGAGAACCUUAAAUAGUAUAAACAGGAUUUCAUGGUAGCCUGUCCUCCAUUUUCUCCAUCUAUAUGCUGUGUGAGGGCUGGUCCUGGGAGAGCUGGAGUGGCUUGUUCUUACAGGUAUCAGUGACUUUCGAGGAUGUGGCUGUGCUCUUUACUCGGGAUGAGUGGAAAAAGCUGGAUCCWUCCCAGAGAAGCUUGUAUCGGGAGGUGAUGCUGGAGAACUWUAGUAACCUGGCCUCACUGGGAGGACUCCCAUUUAUCAAACCAAAGGUGAUCUCCCUGUUGCAGGAGGGAGAAGAUCCCUGGAAGGUAGAGAAAGAAAAUUCUGGAAGUACCUCUCUUGCGUGGAAGAGCCAUCAUAAGACCACAAAGUCAACUCAAACACAGGACUCUUCAUUUCAGAGAUUGAUAAUGAACCGAUCCAGAAGGAAUGGACUUGGACCCUUGGACUUGAAAUCAGAAAAAUCAUGCAUAUAUGAAGGCAAAUUAGAGAAAAAACAGGAUAAAAAGGAAAUUUUUCAGAUAGUUUCAGYCACCCACAAAAAAACCUUAAUUGUAGAAAGAAGCCAUAAAAAUGUUGAAUUUAGCCAGAACUUCAACCCAAYGUCAGUAGUUGUUAGGCAACAGAUAGUUCCCAGAGAGAAACCACCACCAAAAUGUGAAAAAAAAGGAAACACUUUGAAACAUAAUUCAAAUUUACCUAAUCAGCCAAAAAUGACAGCAGAUAAACGCUAUCAAUGUAGUAUGUGUGAGAAAACCUUCAUUAAUACUUCAUCCCUUCGUAAACAUGAGAAAAAUCAUAGUGGAGAGAAAUUAUUUAAAUGUAAAGAAUGUUCCAAAGCCUUUAGCCAAAGUUCAGCUCUUAUUCAACAUCAAAUAACUCAUUCUGGAGAGAAACCUUACAUAUGUAAAGAAUGUGGGAAAGCCUUCACUCUCAGUACAUCCCUGUAUAAGCAUCUAAGAACCCACACUGUGGAGAAAUCCUAUAGAUGUAAGGAAUGUGGUAAGUCCUUCAGCCGAAGGUCAGGGCUUUUUAUACAUCAGAAAAUCCAUGCUGGAGAAAACCCUUAUAAAUAUAAUCCAGGUAGGAAAGCAUCUGGUUGCAACACAUCCCUUCCUGGUCAAAGAGUUCAUCCCAGAAAGAAGUCCUAUUUGUGUAACGAAUGUGGCAACACCUUUAAAUCUAGUUCAUCCCUUCGUUAUCAUCAGAGAAUUCACACCGGAGAGAAACCUUUCAAAUGUGGUGAAUGUGGGAGAGCCUUUAGUCAGAGUGCAUCACUUAUUCAACAUGAACGAAUUCACACUGGUGAAAAGCCCUAUCGAUGUAAUGAAUGUGGAAAAGGCUUCACUUCUAUUUCACGACUCAAUAGACAUCGAAUAAUUCAUACUGGUGAGAAGUUUUAUAAUUGUAAUGAAUGUGGCAAGGCCUUAAGUUCCCAUUCAACUCUUAUCAUUCAUGAGAGAAUUCACACUGGAGAGAAACCAUGUAAAUGUAAAGUGUGUGGGAAAGCCUUCAGGCAGAGUUCAGCUCUCAUUCAGCAUCAGAGAAUGCACACUGGAGAAAGACCCUACAAAUGCAAUGAGUGUGGGAAAACAUUCAGGUGUAACUCAUCCCUUAGUAAUCAUCAGARAAUCCAUACUGGAGAGAAACCCUAUCGAUGUGGGGAAUGUGGGAUGUCAUUUGGCCAAAGUUCAGCCCUUAUUCAACAUCGAAGGAUUCAUACAGGAGAGAAACCCUUUAAAUGUAACACAUGUGGGAAAACUUUUAGACAAAGCUCCUCACGUAUUGCACACCAGAGAAUUCAUACAGGGGAGAAACCCUAUGAGUGCAACACAUGUGGGAAACUUUUCAACCACAGGUCAUCCCUUACUAAUCACUAUAAAAUCCAUAUGGAAGAAGAACCCUAGAAAGUACAUUUGCAUGUGUAAAAGCCUUAAACCAAAGCUCAUCAGAGAACACAUACUUCAAGAGUGAUGUAAUAAAUAUUGAAAAAGCCUAUAAUCAUUUAGUGCCCAUUAGCUAUCAAAUCCCAUGGACAAAUCUUGAUUAUGUAAUAGCUAAAAGGAAAGCAUUCAUGCCUGUCACUUUUUAAAAUAACCUGAGAAUUCAUAAGUGGAGACACYAACUUUGGGCAUUUGUAAAAUAAAAGGUGUUUGAUUUUCCUCUUUCCUACAGCAGUGUAGUCUAGCUAUCACAUGUGAUCAUCAUAAACAUCAAGUGGGUAGGGAUUUCUCUGGUUUUCUCAUAAAAGCACCAAACUCUACACUGGUGAUAUUUUUUAUAACAUUUUAGUAGCAUAUGAGUGAAUGAAUCAAAGAAAUUAUACGUUUUUAAUGAAAAGGACCAAAAUAAAAGAUUAAAAUAARCUGUA